AAUAGAAGUUUUGUUACAAGAUAACAGCUCCUCUCUCCUUCUCUAGAAUGUAUCAUCGAUACUCUCGAGGACCAAUGAUCGACGACCUUUUUCACCUUUUUCAAAACAAGAAGACGUUCACUCAGAACCGCCUUAACUCUGCUCUCUCUCUCUCUCUCUCUCUCUCUCUCUCUCUCUCUCUCUCCCUGAAAUCCAGUAACGGGUAACUCUGGAAAGUCUCUGAUACAGAUACACACGGAAAUUGUCUCAGAGGGCCCGGCGGAAUGAGUCGAACGAGUGUGGUUGAUUUAAUUACGCACGUCGACGCGGUUUGCAAAAUGUACGAGAAGUACGAUAUUGAUAAGCACAAGGACUUAAAUGUUUCUGGGGACGAUGCUUUCGCUCGUUUAUACGCCGUCAUCGAGGUCGAUGCCGAGGCGACCUUCCAGAAAUCCGAGGCGACUGCCACCCAGAAGAACAGGGCUACUGCCGUUGCUAUAAGUGCAGAGAUUCGACGAACGAAAUCUCGUUUGCUGGAGGAGCUCCCUAAAUUGCAGAGAAUUGCUUUUAAAAAGGUCAAAGGGAUUUCAAAAGAAGAGCUCGAGGCUCGAAAUGAUUUAGUUUUUGCACUGAAAGAGAAGAUUGAUGCUAUAAGUGAUGGAUCUACUACUAAUGGAGCUAAACAAACUGGAGGUGGGGCAACUUCCACCUCAUAUACUGGAAUCAAAUUUAACUCAACUUCAGGUAACAAUUUAUCUAACCGAGGCUAUCAUAAACCUGUAAUUUUUAACCAAUUUUGUUCAAAUAUAUUAUACCAGAUGGGGAGAUUGGAUUAUGAGUAUUUUCAACAAACUGAAGAAUCAGAUCGAUUUAGGCAGGAGUACGAAAUGCGGAGAAUGCAACAGGAUCAAGGUUUGGAUGUUAUAGCUGAAGGAUUGGGUACAUUGAAAAACAUGGCACAUGACAUGAAUGAGGAACUGGAUAGACAAGUGCCAUUAAUGGAUGAAAUUGAUGAUAAGGUUGAUAGAGCAAAUGCUGACCUUAAAAGUGCUAAUGUGAAACUCAAGGAAACUAUAACCAAGGUAUAUGCGUUUCGUUCAUAUUUGAAAUUUAGAUUAUCCAUCCAUGUUUUGAGAAAACGCCUCAUCCCUCUUUUCUCCUUCCUCCCCUCACAUCCUUUUUGAACGUAUUUUUUGUUUCAUGCGGCUGAGGUCCAGCCGCAACUUUUGCAUUGAUAUCAUCCUCUUGUGCAUAAUUUUGGGAAUUGCUGCCUAUUUAUACAAGUAAGCUCCCAGCCUAAAGAUGUGGAUUAGUCUCUAUUGCAUUUUCUUCCAUAGUUCCACUAAUUUGUGUUUGGCCAGAUGGUGUUAGUUUUUGAGUGUGUAGUCUAGGGAUUUCUAAUUCAAUGUUUCAUUUGGAUCCCUGAGAGCUGAAUUAUUAAAAAAAAUGGUUGCCAUUCUUUAACUAAAUCUAGCUGACCUCGUAGCGGAUGGGAAUUAAGGCCUUAUUUGGAUAGUCAGAUGCGAUGAUAUGAGAUGAUAAAUCUGUUAAUAAUAGUGAGAUGGUUUGUGAAUACUAGUGACAUAGUUUGAAUUAAAAAAAUUUCAUUGGGUUUUGGGAAAGGAGAGAGAAAAAGUUA